GCGUGAUUGAGCCGGGUAAGAUUGCACUAUCCCUACCCAUCGCACUUGAUCUCGAUGUCUCGAGAGGCACAUCAUUCUUUACGGUAUUGAUGAUUUCCAUUUUAGGAAAUCUUGUUAUUAAGUAGUAUGCUUUACAAGUACCCAAAAUCUAAACAAGUUGUCACACGUAGCCUGUGGAGAAUUCUCUUCUUAGAAUUCUUAUUGCUGGGUGCAUCGUAUUCAGCCUGGCGCUGUAUGAAUAGGUCUCAAAAUUGCAGGUAUUAUAUGCACCAGAACUUUCCAUUUAUAUUAGAAAUAUAUUAUAAAACUUGUGAAAAAUUGUCUGGGGACUAUACGUUAAGAUCAAAUGAUAUCUCUGUAUGGGAACAACAAAAAAAUGAGCAUUAGAUCUUCAUGGAGUUCAUGAAACAUUCAGCUUUUUUAAUAAUAACUGGUGAUUUAAAAUAUUGUUUUUUAAAAGUUCGUUGUUCCAGUGAAGAACAUAUACAACAGUUUUUGCACUCAAAAUCUGCAAGUAUAAAAGGUCAGCUCUAUAAUGUGUUAAAACAGAUUAUAUUUGAACGUAAAUCUAUGUUGUUGGAAAAUAACCAGUGUUUCAACUUAAGCAAUAUAAACAAAACAAUUUCCAUUGCAAAAUAGCAUUCAGACAACGACAUGGAUACUCCUGGCCUCAUAGAAGGAAGUUUACCAGAUCGUAUUACCAAAAGGGAUAGAGAAAGGAAAAGUAUCAUCGAAAGGCGGAGAGAGGAACGGCAAUCUUUAGCUGUUGAAUCAGAACAAAGUAGUUAUUUUAAAGACACUUUUUAUUCGUCAUGCAAGAAAAUCAAAGAGAUGUUAGAUGAUGCAUCCAGUGCUCCCACAGCAGCUCUUCCUGGAAUAUUUGAUAAAGUGAACAAAGAAAUUCAGACACUAAAAAACUAUUUAACACAAUCAAAAAUGUUUUUAAAAGUGUACGAUAUUAGAAGAGCACAAGAGAAUUUACAAUUAUUAGAAAGCGAAGCCUCUGACUUGGAACUGAAGUUGCUACCUAAAAAGAAAUUUGGUUUCAAGAAUAGGCGGGUUAUAAAGAAGACCUCUGAUAAGACACAUGAUAUGACAGAUGGUUUAAAGGAUUUAAAAAUCUCUGAAGGAAUUGUGAAUGGUUCUUCAAAGCAAAAUCACAAAUUAUCAAGCAAGUAUGGCGAUAGUGCGUGUAUGUUAUUGGGAAAAGUUGACGAACAAAUAGUUCUGGAUGCUGAGAAUGUGAAUAAAAAUGAUAUACUUCUUUCUGACCUAGUUCGUUGUACGGUACGAAUCUAUGGCACACCUAGUACUUUGCAUAUGGUAAAUUUAAAACAAUGUACCGUAUUAGUUGGGCCAGUACCAUCGUCUGUAUUCGCCCACGAUUGUAGUGAAUGUGUAUUCGCUUUUGCGUGUCAACAACUACGAUUACACUCUUCGACAGAUUGUACUAUUUAUUUGCAUGUUACGAGUAGAUCGAUUAUAGAGGAUUGUACAAAUAUACGAGUAGCACCUUAUAAUUGGUCCUACGAGGAUCAAACGAAUCAUUUUAAUCUAGCGGGUCUCGACCCGAAAAUGAAUAAUUGGAAUUGUAUCGACGACUUUAAUUGGUUAUCUAAUGAAAAGCAUUCACCGAAUUGGAGUAUUCUCGAGCCUGAAUUACGCAUAAAAAAUUGGGAAAAUUAAUAGACUUAUACAAGAAAGACACUUAAACGAGAGACAUGAAAUUCUGUGUUUGAAAACACCAUUUUUUUAAAGUUAAAUACUGUUUUUGUUAUGUAAAUUAUUUAUGUGCAUACUUCGCUUUUUCACAGAAAUUACACUAUGUAAGUGUUUUAUAUACUUACGGAAUAUUUAAUAAAAUCGCUGUUUACGAAUUACGUACACGCAACGUUUCUUUGGGUUCGACAUGUAGCACAUCCUACAGAAAAAUAAUAACAUUCUCCGAACAAAAUGUACAUCGCAAUUCAAAAUAAUAAAUUUUGAAAUGUCAAUUUUUACAAUGAAAUUGUAAUCAGAAGUAUAUUCGAUAUACUCCUUCAUUAAUUAUUACAUGUCCUUUUUUAUCAACACCAUUAUCACAUGAAUGUUAAGUUUGUAUUAGUUUUACGCAACGACCACCAGAUGGCAAUACGAAACUAGACUUAUAUAAUAAAAGAACAGAAGCUUUUUUAAAGAGAACAAGUUUCUAUUUCAAGAAAUACUUUCCAUAAAUUCUAUUUUGACAUUCGAAUACUUCAAUGUAAAAAUAUAACAAAGAAAUCGCGCGAGCUUUCAAUGAAUAUUUAUAAUCAAAUUAUUUCAGUUUCUUGCAGAAUUUUCAUUUCUAAAUCGAUUUGCUCGUCACCUAUUUAAAAAUUAACUUCAAUAAAGAAACAAGUGAUACCUCAAAUGAUUAACC